UCGCCAUCUUUCCUGUGGAGAACGGUCUGCGUCACAUGAUCCCGGCAAAGCUUUAAAAGAGUCGAGCCAGAGCUCAGUCUUCAGACGGCAUCCAGGAAAGACAUGUCGGACGGCGAGGAGAUCCCGGAGGAACAGGAGGAGUACGAUCAGGAGGAGGAAGAAGACAAGCAGGAAGAGUAUGAGGAGGAGGAGGAUGAGAAACAGGAGCACGAGUCCAAACCUCGACCCAAGACCACGUACGUGCCCAACAUCGCCCCGCCCAAGCUGCCCGACGGCGAGAAGGUGGAUUUCGACGACCUUCACCGCAAGCGUGUGGAGAAGGACUUCAACGACCUGCAGGGCCUGAUCGAGUUGCACUUCUCCAACCGUCAGAAGGAGGAGGAGGAGCUGGUGGCCCUACGCACCCGCAUCGAACGGCGCCGUUCCGACCGGGCCGAGCAGCAGCGGGAGCGCGCCGAGCAAGAGCGCAAACACCAGGCCCGUGUGACGGAGGAGCGGGAGCGGCGCGAGGAGGAGGCGGCCAAGCUGCGCGCCGAGGAGGAGGCCAAGAAGAAGAAGAUCUUCACCAACAAGUCCUUCGGAGGCUACCUGCAGAGGGCCGACCAGAAGAAGGGCAAGAAGCUGACGGCCCGCGAGGAAAAGAAGAAGGCGCUGCUGGAGCGCCGCAAGCCUCUCAACAUCGAGCACCUCAACCAGGACAAGCUGGGCCAGAAGGCGCAGGAUUUGUGGGCGUGGCUCCACCAGCUACACGCCGAGAAGUUUGAGCUGGCCGAGAAGCUCAAGCGGCAGAAGUACGACAUCCACGUGCUGCGCAACCGCGUCAGCGACCACCAGCGUGGCUCCAAAGCGCCCAAGACCUCACGCGGCGCUAAGGGAAAGUCGGGCUCCUGGAAGUGACAUCGUUUUUUUUCCAAGCUUCCUUUCACUUUGUUUGUUGUUGUUGUUGUCUUUGCCAUCAAAUGUUUGAAGCACA